ACAUUUCUCCGUGUCUCCUCCGGACGCCACACCUCACCUCCCCAGGAGCAGCCCUGCAGCCUGCUCAGACCUCAGCAACGCUGGGCGAGGGAGCAGGCGUCUCUCUUUUUCAUAGCUCCCAUCAAAACAGGAGACUUGCCUGACCUUCAUUCGGCUCGCACCUGGGCACUGUGGAGGUGGGAGGGCCACCUGCCACCUGCCAUUCUGGGGCCCUGCUGCAUGUGGGAGGCUGCUCAGGGCUGGGGCACCCAGAGGGGGUGUCACCGGCCUGCAGGCAGCCAUGCAGUGGCCUUCUUGCUGAGGAGGGGCCUGCCCAACCGGGGCCUUCUCGGGGCCGAGUGAUGGCCACGUCGGAGGACCAGAGCCCGGCCCAGCCCGGUGGGAUGAGCAAGCAGAGGGUGAUGUUGGACUCAGUGGCACACAGCACCUUCCUGCCCAACGCGUCCUUCUGCGACCCCCUGAUGUCGUGGACUGACCUGUUCAGCAAUGAAGAGUAUUAUCCUGCCUUUGAGCAUCAGACAGCCUGUGACUCCUACUGGACGUCUGUCCACCCUGAGUACUGGACAAAGCGCCACGUCUGGGAAUGGCUCCAGUUCUGCUGCGACCAGUAUAAGCUGGAUGCCAACUGCAUCUCCUUCUGCCACUUCAACAUCAGCGGCCUGCAGCUGUGCAGUAUGACACAGGAGGAGUUCAUCGAGGCAGCUGGUGUCUGCGGGGAGUACCUGUACUUCAUCCUCCAGAACAUGCGCUCGCAAGGUUACUCCUUUUUUAAUGACCCUGAAGAGACCAAGGCCACCAUCAAAGACUACGCUGUUUCCAGUUGUUUGAAAACAAGUGGCAUCAAAAGUCAAGACUGUCACAGUCAUAGUCGAACAAGCCUCCAGAGCUCUCACCUAUGGGAAUUUGUGCGAGACCUGCUUCUAUCUCCUGAGGAAAACUGUGGCAUUCUGGAAUGGGAAGAUAGGGAACAAGGUAUUUUUCGGGUGGUUAAAUCAGAAGCCCUGGCAAAGAUGUGGGGACAAAGGAAGAGAAAUGACAGAAUGACGUAUGAGAAGUUGAGCAGAGCUCUGAGGUACUACUAUAAAACAGGAAUUCUGGAACGGGUCGACCGAAGAUUAGUAUACAAAUUUGGAAAAAACGCACACGGGUGGCAGGAAGACAAGCUAUGAUCUGCUCCAUCAUCAAGCUCAUUUUAUGGAUUUCUGUCUUUUAAAACAAUAGAUUGCAAUAGACAUUGAAAGUUCACUUUUUUAAAAGCCUGCAAACGUGCUGAUAAAAUUUCUCCACAUCUCAGCUUACAUUUGGAUACAGAGUUGUUGUUGUCUACUUGGGGGUGAUGACAGCAACCCUUAAGAAAUUCCUUUUUUUUUUUUUUUUUUACCCGAGGGGAGGAGGGGAUGAUCUUUUGUGGUACCCUGAUCAAACAUCACUUCCCUAAUGAAGAGUUGCAGAACCACAAUGCCCCGUGCCAUCGUGCUGCUCAGAGAAAAAGGAUCCAGUUCUGCCAUUAGAGGCUCAUCCGGUGCUCCCAUUCCAAAGGCUCAAAAGUUUUCACAUAGUUAACUCUGUGGCAGCUCACAAAGCAAAAAAAAAAAAA